AUGGGUGCUCAGCAAUCCUCUGGCCGAGACCAGAGCGAGAGCUCAUCCCAACCCGUCAAGACAUGUUACUAUGAGCUACUUGGAGUUGAGCGCGACGCUUCUGACGACGAAAUCAAGAAAGCUUACAGAAAACGAGCACUUGAGCUUCAUCCGGACCGAAACUUUCACGAUGUCCAGAACGCGACCCGUCGCUUCGCCGAAAUCCAGGCAGCAUACGAAGUCCUCGCCGAUCCCCAGGAAAAGGCUUGGUACGACUCUCAUCGCGAAGCUAUCUUGCGUGGGACCGAUCCGACCGAUUCAGGCAGUACUCCCGAGUACAAUAAUGUGAAGCUCACGUCCACCGAAGAUAUAUUCUCCCUCAUUCGCCGCUUUGAUUCCACCGUUCCCUUCACGGACGGUCCUAUAGGGUUCUUCGGCAUCGCGAGGGCGACAUUCGACCAUCUUGUUGACGAGGAAAUCGCCGCUGGCGUUUAUGACGUGAGAGACACUCCAGAUUAUCCCACUUUUGGCUCCUCUACAGACAGCUAUGAGCACACUGUCAAGGCCUUCUACAGUGCCUGGGCGAGCUUCUCGACUCGCAAGACUUUUGCAUGGAAGGAUGAAUACCGACUCGCAGAGGCCCCGGAUCGUCGUAUCAGGCGUGCUAUGGAGAAGGAAAAUAAGAAGAUUCGUGAUGAAGCCAUACGAGAAUUCAACGAAGCAGUCAGAUUCCUCGUCACCUUUGUUCGAAAACGCGAUCCUCGUUACCUGCCAAACACACAAACAGCUGCCGAACGCCAGGAGUCUCUACGAUCCGCCGCUGCUGCUCAAGCCGCACGCUCACGUGCCGCCAAUAAAGAGAAGCUAUCCGAGACUUUCGUUCCUGACUGGGCUCAGGCGAGGGAAGAUGGCGACGCGGCCGGCCACUUCUCAAGCAGCGAGGAGGAGGAAUCAGAGGUAGAGGAGAUCGAAUGCGUUGUAUGCAACAAGGCUUUCAAGAGCGAGAAAUCAUUCGAAGCACAUGAGAGGAGCAAAAAACACAUAAAGGCAGUGCAGUACUUGAGGCGCCAAAUGAAGAACGAAGAUAUGGAUCUGGGUCUACGCGACGCUCCUAUCGCGCCUGCGAAAGAGAUGCCGAGCCACGAAUCUGGGGAGGAGGAGGUUGAUUCUCAGGAACGCGGUCAAGAAGACGCCGUCAAGGGCAAGGAUGACACACCGGGAGAAUCAGCCUCUCAAAUCGAUGAGACAGAGCUCACUGAUACGUCGUCAGACAAUAUCGGAGAUGACGAGUAUGCUUCGCGUGCCGAGGUUGAGCAAAGGUUAUUCGCGGACGAUCCUACUCUCACCAGGGCGAGCCAAGGUGAUGGCACAGAAGCUGCUUCUGCUGCUGCUUCUGCUGCUGCUCAGACUGUAUCAGCCAGUCUAGAAACUUUGUCACUUGACGAUGACAAUGAUAGUGACCACGGACCACAGCCAAAGAAGUUAGGGAAGGCCAAGGCGAAGCGUGAAAAGAGAGCAGCACGCCAAGCAGUGGAGGAUGCCGAAACUAACAGUAAUACAUGCAUUGUGUGUAAUGCAUCGUUUCCCUCCAAAAGCCAACUCUUCAGUCACAUUCGCGAUCUCAAUCACGCCCGGCCAGCACCGAAUGCAAAAGCCCCAGCGGGUGCCAAGAAGAAGAGACGCUGA